UAUGUUGACCCUGUUAGGUGUGCGUGUGCUUGUGAUUUUCUAAAGACUCUUUGGUGCAGACUGCAGACUGCCAACGAGGACACGAUUCCUUUACUAAAAUCGCGCUCGCUCGCUCACUGAUGAUCACUAUUCAGUAUUCACUCAAAAUUCCCUUCCGCUCUUAGCACUAAAACGACAUGUCGCAACCUCGAGAGGAAGAAGAAGUGGGCAAGCUAGCCAUCAGGUUAGCCAACGCCGUGAUUCUUCCGAUGGUCCUCAAAUCAGCCCUCGAGCUCAACCUCCUAGACAUCAUCUCUGCCUCUGCGGACGACGCCUUCCUCUCAACUUCGGAGAUCGCCACCAGGAUUGUCACCAAGAACCCUGACGCGCCCGUCUUGCUCGACCGUAUGCUACGGCUCUUGGCGAGCUACGAUAUACUAAAGUGCUCCGUCAGAACGGGAGAGGAGGGAGAAGUUGAGAGAGUCUACGGUGCCGCACCCAUUUGCAAAUUCCUUGUUAAAAAUCAAGAUGGAGGCUCUGUUGCUCCUUUGUUCUUGUUACACCAUGACAAGAUCUUCAAUGAGAGCUGGUAUCACUUGAAUGAUGUUGUAUUAGAAGGUGGAAUCCCGUUCAACAGGGCAUAUGGGAUGACGGCAUUUGAAUACCCGGGGACGGAUCAAAGGUUCAACCGGGUGUUCAAUCAGGCUAUGUCCAACCACACUACCUUGAUUAUGAAGAAAGUUCUUGAUGUUUACAAAGGAUUUGAAGGGUUGAAAGUGUUGGUUGAUGUUGGCGGUGGAAUUGGUGUUACUCUUGAUAUCAUCACUUCUAAGUAUCCUCACAUUGAAGGCAUUAAUUUUGAUUUGCCUCAUGUUUUAGCUGAUGCACCUUCGUAUCCAGGUGUAAAGCAUGUGGGUGGAGAUAUGUUUGUGAGUGUUCCAAAAGGGGAUGCCAUUUUCAUGAAGUGGAUACUACAUGGCUGGAGUGAUGAACAUUGCUUGAAACUUCUCAAGAAUUGUUGUGAAGCUCUUCCAAACUCUGGCAAAGUGAUCAUUGUGGAAUCGAUUCUUCCUGUGAUUCCUAUGAAUAAUGUGUCAUCGCAUAUUGUGUUUGAGCAAGAUCUUUUAAUGCUGGCUCAGAACCCAGGAGGAAAAGAGAGGACUCAAAAGGAGUUUGAGGCAUUAGCUGUGAAAUCUGGAUUUUCUGGGUGUGAAGUCAUAUGUAAUGCAUACAACAGCUGGGUUAUGGAAUUCCGCAAAAGCUGAUACUUAAAGCUUCCUAAUGCUGAACGGAAAGCCCAGUCUUCAGUACCAUGUGUUAUUACUCAGUGUGGCUCAUGUUGGUGAUCAAGAAGCUACUUUCAUUGUGUUAAAUUUUUGAUAAUUUGGAGUACGUAGAGAAGAAACCUGGAGUUCAUUGUAGUAAUUCUGCUUUACUGGAUGAAAUAAAAUAAUGAAACGUUGUAACAA